CCUUCAAGCUGGGCCACAAUGUACAGGAAAAUGGAAGUCUCUCCAGCUAUGACUGUUGAAGAAUAUGAGUGCAAGAUACAGCUGGCCAUAGCGGAAGUCAACACACAGAAUGAUAAAACUGUGAAAAGUCUUUAUGAUCUGGCUGAUGAACUGGACAAAGCACAGCGGAAAAUGAACAUAGCUAAAACCAGUUUUGCAUCUGGCGGCAUUGUUGCAGCAGCACUUACUAUAGCAGGGAUUGCUUGUGCCCCAGCUACCUUUGGUGCUUCUCUGGGGUUGACCAUUGCAGGACUGACUCUUGGAGUAACCAGCGGGGUCGGCGGCGUGAGCACUGAAUUGGCAAAUAAAAUUAUCAAUGACAAAGUUUUGGGCAAAGCUCAGCAGGAAGCUAACAUUUAUCACGAAAAGGGUCAGUCUUUGCUUCUAUUAAUGGACAAUAUGAGAAAACAGUACGGAAGUAAGUUUAAAACGUUUUUAAUGGAUAAAGUGAAAGGAAAGCUGAAACCCAAACAUUUUGAAACGAUAUCGAGUCAUGGAACAACGGCUGUCAAAAUCAUUGAAAAAAUCAGCAAAACUGGUACAAAAGGACUUAAAGGCGGUGGCAUUGCGCCAUGCGCUCUGACUAUCCCUCUAAAUGUAUAUGCCAUAGUUGCAAACAGCAUCAAAAUUCAUAAGAACACACCAUCUGACACUGCAGAAGAAAUUCGGAGAAUCGCAGAGGAAUUAAAGGACAGAGAAGCUGCGUCUGUUGAAGUUCAAAAACUGAGGAGAAGAGUUGAAGAGAUGGAGAGGAGCCAGGAGAAAAACUGUCAGGCUUGGGAUGAGGCAAAGAAGAAGAUUGAAGAAGACAUCACUGAGGAAAUGGAAUCUAUUGCCAUAGAAUAUGAAUACGUGAGAAGAGUGUUCCUAAGAUCAAAUCGGUUCGCUCUUAUUGUUGAAGCCAUUUUAACCGCAGUUAUAUCAGUUUUCACUGCGUUCAGCUCUGGAGAUGAAGGAUGGCUGCCUUAUUUUGGAAAGUAUGCCUUAGUCAUGUACGACGUGUUUCUGUUAAGUUUCGAACUUUUCCCGCUACUUUAUGGAUACAACUGCUUGUUCCGCGCAAAAGCGACAUGGAAACAACAGACGUAUGGUAUUGAGAUUGUGAUAGCCCUACACCCAGGAACACCCUCGCGUGGAAACCAGCCAGGGACAACGUGGACAGCCCUCCCCAAUUAUGCCAGACGAUAUAAACAGGAAUAG